AUGGAGGACGUCAAUGUGGUGCAGGCGCGUACUUUAUUGGGACAAACACCCAUUCCACCAAAAAGAAAGGAUAACGCAUUGACAAGGACACUUCGAUCAUGUUGUAUAAUACCUCAACGAUAUAUUUUGGGAGUAAUGGGACUUCUUGGUGUGUGCAAUGCGUACACAAUGCGCGUGUGUUUAAAUUUGGCAAUAACUCAAAUGGUCAAUCACACUAAAACUGGUGAACCAUAUUUCGACCCUGACGCUUGCCCCGAACAAUUAAAAGUUGGCAAUGAAACUGAAGCCGAAAGACCAUAUGCGAUAUUCCAUUGGGAUGAGAAAACUCAAGGACUUAUUCUGAGCGGUUUUUACUAUGGUUAUGCUGCAACGCAAGUUCCUGGAGGUUAUUUAGCAGAAAAAUUUGGUGGUAAAUGGACACUCGGUGUCGGUCUACUAAGUACUGCCUUAUUUACAUUUCUUACACCAAUUGUAAUCAGAGCGGGAGGUGCGACUUGGCUAUUUGUCCUUCGUGUUCUUCAAGGCAUGGGAGAGGGUCCAACGAUGCCGGCUUUAAUGAUAAUGCUGGCGAGGUGGGUUCCCCCUCAUGAGCGCUCAUUUCAAGGCGCACUUGUUUUCGGCGGGGCGCAAAUAGGCAAUAUAUUUGGUUCUUUUAUGUCCGGUAUUUUGCUAUCCGAUGGUAGAGACUGGGCGUAUGUUUUUUAUUUCUUCGGUGGAUUUGGGUUAUUUUGGUUUUGUUUGUGGAGCUUGCUUUGCUAUAGCACACCGGAUUCUCAUCCUUACAUAUCCAAAAAAGAAUUAAACUAUUUAAAAAAAAGCGUGACUACGGCCGAGAAUAAGGCCGCAAAAGAUCCAGUUCCAUGGAAGGCAAUAUUACGGUCAGCGCCAGCCUGGGCAUUAGUGUGGGCUGCUCUGCGACCGGCCCAGCAAUAUGCAUUAUCUUGGCAUCUUACUCAGGAUGCAAUGGUACAGCAGCUAUGA